AGCCAGUCAGCUGAGGGAGGAACUCGUUGCCGACAACAGAAAGUCAACCAGGAAGACAAGACAGCCAGGCUGCUAAAAUAACCACCCGGCCGUUCUGUCCGUCCAACACGGUGCGUGUUUACGCCACGAGUCCUUUCAGUGAAUCGCUUGAACCUUCAUCUAUAAAAUAAGUGUCAACUUCAAAACAAAACGAUGGCUUCCCUUUUCAAGAAGAAGACAGUCGAUGACAUCAUCAAGCAACAGUCGAGGGAGCUACGCGGCACCCAGAGGCAGAUUACAAGAGACAGAGCGGCCCUGGAGAGGGAAGAAAAGCAAAUGGAAGCAGAGAUCAAGAAAAUGGCAAAGAGUGGGAACCGGGAGGCAUGUAAGAUCCUUGCCAAGCAGUUGGUCCAGCUUAGGAAGCAGAAGAACCGCACGUACGCCGUCAGCUCCAAAGUCACCUCUAUGUCCACUCAGACCAAGGUCAUGAACUCUCAAAUGAAGAUGGCCGGUGCCAUGUCUUCCACAGCUAAGACAAUGCAAGCGGUGAACAAAAAGAUGGAUCCUCAAAAGACCAUGAAGACCAUGCAAGAGUUCCAGAAAGAAAACAUGAAAAUGGGCAUGACUGAGGAUAUGAUAAACGACACAAUGGAUGACUUUUUGGAUGAGUCUGGUGAUGAAGAGGAAUCUCAGGACAUUGUCAACCAAGUCCUGGAUGAAAUUGGUAUCGAGAUAUCAGGAAAGAUGGUACGAGCUCCAGCUGCAGGAAAGAGCGUCCCUGGUGCCGCCGCAUCUAAAAAAGCGACAAUGUCUGACGAGGAAAUUGAGAGACAGCUCCGUGCCCUCGGCGUGGACUAACAUCCGGGGAUGAAUACUCAUUCCUUACAAACGGCGACAGACGCUAGCUUUAUCAUAGGUUCAAUGGUUACACGCACAUACUCGCAUAAACACACACUGAGAAUCAUUGACAGACACAUUGCUGUCUUCUGCCACAGUUCUACUAAAAUAUUUAUUAUGACAUUAGUGAGGCGACAGCCAAGAGGUGGAACAACAAUAUUCACGCUCGACUCUAAAAAGCUGGAACCUCCACUUCUGUUUACGGCACAGCUCGUUCUUUUCUAAAGGGCUACAUGCAUAUGCAAGUCAUCCUUUACCUUUGCUGAAAUUUGACGCUAGACGGAUAAUUCAAUACAUUCUUGUUUGCUUCUCAUUAGAGUUCUUUUUCUGUAGGAUAGAAUAUACAAAAUGAUCGCGAAAAGCCUCACAAGAAAGCAAUUGGAGAUGAUAAAACUCCACAUUUUCAGAGGCACCUGAUUUCUACUGCUGACUUCUGGUACUAACUAAGGAAUCACUGUGCUAUAGCCACAGAGUAUUCCAUACUGAGUCAUCACUUGAGGGGUUCUAGGGUUUUCUUGGUCUUUAUAUUAUUGAAUAAACCUUGGGAGUUCUUCAGUGAUUGCAGGAUGGCAUCUAUCCUGCCGUCCUUUUUUCUCUUUCAGCUGCUGUGCAGUUAUGGAUCUUUUUUUUUUUCUCUCUCUCUUUUCACAACACUGCAAAAGACUGUCACCGUUAUGCAAGAGAUGUUCCUACUCACAAGAUGAAGCUGAUUGUUCUGGCAUCAGCCACCAUGAGUGACACGGACAUUGUCAUUCGUCUUUCGACUUGUGUCUCGACCGUUAAUCUUACUUACUCUCCCUUAUUUCCCCGAAUUGUCAAUUUUUGUUUUUGCAUGUGUCACACAUGCACAACGAAUGACUUUAAUCAUUUGCAAACAUGUUUUGAGAAAGCUCAUCGAGGUUAAACAAUUGAAUUGGUCUGGAAGUUUUGUUUUAAUUUGUAUGUUCACUUGUUUCCUUAAUGAAUGAACAUGUAAAUGGGAUUUUAUAAGUAAUAAAAUUUCUUCAGGGAAAACUUUAAUGUUUGUUUAUUUCUCAUU